UUGACGUGAAAUUUAAAGUCAAAACUAGAACAUUCUGUAUUUUUUCGUAUUUACGAAUUUGAAUGCUUAAUAAAGCUAAAAAUAGAAGGGGCGGGGGAAGGCGUGAAGAUUAAAAGUAAAGUCGUUUAAUGAAAAAUUUCGAGAACCUUGUUUGUAAAGAGAUACAGAAAGUUAAGGUUGAAAGUCACUGAAUACUGUAACAUUGGUCCAACAAGAUAGCAUCGUGUGUUCAACUAUGCGUUUAAUUCGAAAUCGAGCUUCAGCAGGCGCAAGUUGCGAAAAUUUGGGGUGGCCAUAGUAGCAUGUAAUGGAGAGCCAUAUAUAAAGAGGAUUUUAUUAAGCGACCACAGUUGAAGUUUCGACAUGAAAUCGGUUAGAAAACCAAAAGACUUUAGCAUCGAGAGUAUUCUAGCCGAUAAAUUCAGAUUUCUUCGAAAUGACCAAUAUAUAAACUUGUCUCAAUUUAGUGUAACAAAAACUCAUGAACUUGAUUUACAGAAAGAAAAAUUUGAAAAAAAUGUUGGAACAGCCUUUGAAAUUAGUAUAGAAGAAGAUGUCGCGGUAAGUACAAAAAAUAAUUUUGCAUCCAUUAAGGAAAAUCCUGCACCGAAUCCUGCGCAGAAUUUACCGACCAACUUCGGAAUUGGCACAAGAGAUACAUAUCAAAUAAAUAAUGUGUUUAAAAAUAACGAAUUUAAUGAUGCGGAAGAUUAUGGUGUGUAUUUUCAACGGAAAAGUGAAGUUAACGUAAAAGAAAACGACGAAGUGAAUUUCAAAAUAAUCAAUUUCAAACAAUAUAAGGAUGAGGAACAUUGUAUAAGUUUACUAAAUACUGAAGAAAAUAAUAUCGUUAACCAGUUUUAUAAAAUUUCAAAGUUUGACAUAAUUGAAAAAUGUACCACUGAUAUGAAAAAGUCCUGUUUAAUUGCUGAUGAAAAAAAACAUAUGGCAGUCUAUCAACAUUUUUCAAAACCCUUUGAACAAGAGGAAUUUAAUUCAAAUGAAAUAAGCGGCUCAAAAGUAAUAACGCACACUGGAAAAGGUCACGUAACAAAUUAUGAAUACGUUAAACCUGAGAAGGGUGAUGAGUGUUACGAAGAAAUAAAUGAACGUUAUGGUAAUGUUAAUAUAAAUGAACAACAAAAUAACAUAAUAAAUUUGAAAGUAGUCCAAAGAUGUUAUCGCAACAAAUUUCAAGAAGAAUUACUGAAACAAGAUCACGAAGAAAAAUUUGGCAACAAACAAAUUAAAUGCAUAAAUUAUGACUCUUUAGAAAAUAAAAAUAAAGAUUCAAAAAUCAAUUUCUCAAAAAAGUUGACAAAGAUAGAAAAUAGAUCUCCGUCGCUUAAUAAUAUGAGAGAAAAGCUAAUUAAUCUUUUAAAUAACAAAACAGAUUAUGUAGAAGUAAUGAAAAAUGCAACAGAGUUAGAAUGGCUUCGAUGUACAAGGUAUAAACCUCCAAAAAUUCCUAGAAAACGUGCGAUUGGAAAAAAUAGACGAAAGCCUAGUCUUCAUCCUCGGAUACCAUUUUCAACUUUUCAACUGGAUUUUCUCGAGCAGCAAUUUCAGAUCAAUGCUUAUCUUUCAAAAGACAACGUAUUGGAGAUAUCAAAUGUUUUAAAUCUUCCUCCUAACCGGAUAAAGAUUUGGUUUCAAAAUCGACGUGCCAGGGAGCGACGUGAAUUUUGUAUUAAAAUAUAAUAAUACAAUAAAAAAUAAGUCUAUUACACAAUUUAUACGAAUAACGAGUAUUUAUUUUCAAAUGUAAUAUAGUUAUCUUCUUCAAAAUAAUAUUCUCGUACAAUUAUUAUAUUUUAACAACAUUUAAUAUUCUUUGAAUAUCACUAGAUUUUAAAACCUUAUAUAAACUUAAAUUAAUUCAUUAUGCGACAGCUGCGUCGCGUCCUGAAGCGGCCAGUAGCCAAUACUAAACAUACACAUUAGUCACAGCCGCACAAUUAUAGACAGAAUUCACUGUAACAGUACCGACAACUUUUUGUGAAGAUAUAUAUAUUUUGGAAAUUAAGGUGGAGCGGCGGUUACAUGUAUAGAAAAAGGUUAUUCAGAAUCAUGCCCCCGGCAACAUAUUCAAAAAUCACCAAAAUUGGUAAGGUGGAUGAGAUAUUGGUAAUAUCAUAAAUUAUAUAAGAUUGUAAUAUAUUAUUAAAUAAAAAUGUACGUCAACUAAAUACUAAUAUAGGGUUAAUAGUAGCGUAUGAAUGAAUGAUUACGGAAGUAUUACAGAGAUUAACACUUGUCGCAAAGUAACACGGAUACACCUAAUCGUUUCAACUUCCGGCCAUAGAAUAACAGCCCGCGCCGCGGUUUGACUUGCGAUUUUGGAUGGCAAGAAAGCGGAGGGAUCCUUCUGUAAAUCGAGAGUGCAUGAAUAAAAAUCUGAUUAUUAAGGCUUAGGAAACAACAAAACAAGUGAUGGCUGAGCGACAGAAAAUAAAUCCAUAGGUUUGAUUUAUUUUAAUUAUUAGUCAAACAUACUAUAAGUCAAAUCUAUAGAUUUAUUUCCGAUCGCUCAGCCGUCACUUGUCUUAUCGCUCUACCGCUUAUCAGUUACCGUUUAUCACUCUCCUCUAUAAUCGUGGCCUUAUUCGUGCACGCUCGACUUGCAAGAGGAUCCCCCGCCCUCUCGCCGUCAAAAAUCCGCGUGACAAGCCGUAACGCUUAUCGCUUACCGCUUAACGUUCAUCACUCUAUUAUGUAAACAAAGUAAAUAUAUACGUAAGCGUGAGCUAAUGUAAUUUAUCUGUAAUGUAAAUAUCUGGCGUUUAAAAAUUUAAUAUACGUGUUAUAUUUAAUUCGAUCAAAUAAAAUUACUUAAUAGGUAGAAAAUAGAAAGAUAAUAAUUUUUAGUUCCAGAUAAAAUAAUAUCUUGGGUCAGAAAAUUAUAGUAACACGUACUUUACUUGUAACUAUAUAACAGAAACAGAAUGCAUUAGUAUGCAGUACGUUCACUAACAUAACUGUUGAACCUCCUAUUAUACUAGCAUCGAUAAAGUCGCAUGCGACGUGAAAAUGGUAAAGUUGCAAAAUUUGAGACCCGAAAAAACAUUAAAUAUCAAGUCUAUUCGGUACUAACUGGUACAUAUGUACUUACGAUUAACCAAUAUUUUUACUUUACCGAUUAAAAUAUGUUUGAUCUAAAAAAUAAUGUUAUGCCUAAUGUCAAUCACCUUAAUUAAUAACAAAAUUAUUAAUAAAUCGUUAAACGUGUUAUUCAUUUAAUUGUAAAGUUAUAUUUUUAAUGAUGAAAAUCUUCAUAGAAUUAAUAUUUGUGUUAUUCUAUAAUUUUUAUCUUACUUCAGAUUAUUUAAUUUUUAUAAUCUUUCUUUUUCCCUCUAGAUGUCGUUCCAUUCGGCAAAUAUAAGUCAGUCAAACUCUUCUAUCACUGGUAGACUACCAGUCUAUGUUUCAGCAGUCGCGCGACGGUUUUCGAGGUGUGUGCGUGCGCGCGUAAUUUGUUCAGUUACUCGGGAAGUUACGAAUAUAGUAC